AUGGUGAUUGAAAAAAUUUGCUGCCUUGGCGCUGGCUACGUUGGAGGCCCAACUUGCAGUGUGAUUGCGUGGAAAUGUCCCGAUAUUAAAGUAACUGUAUGUGACAAAAGUAUUGAACGUAUUAACCAGUGGAAUUCUGACAAAUUACCGAUCUACGAGCCGGGUCUCGACGAAGUUGUAAAAGAGUGUAGAGGUAAAAACUUGUUCUUUUCUACUGAUAUUGCAAAUAGCAUCCAAGAGGCUGACUUGAUAUUUAUUUCUGUGAAUACGCCGACAAAAACCAUAGGAAAUGGCAAGGGUAGAGCCGCUGAUUUGAAGUAUAUUGAGGGCGCGGCUCGAAUGAUAGCCGAUUUAGCCACCAGUAACAAAAUUGUGGUUGAAAAGAGUACGGUACCAGUAAAGGCUGCUGAGAUUAUUAUGAAAAUACUUCGUGCUAACACAAAACCUGGAGUAGAGUAUCAAAUUCUGUCGAACCCAGAGUUUCUUGCAGAAGGCACUGCUAUUGUAGAUUUAGUUGAAUCGGAGAGAGUGUUAAUUGGUGGUGAAGACACUCCGGAAGGUCAGAAAGCUGUUCAGGCACUUUGUUGGGUGUAUGAACAUUGGAUCCCAGCCAAGAAUAUUCUAACUACAAACACAUGGAGCUCUGAGCUAUCAAAAUUAGCGGCUAAUGCAUUUUUAGCUCAAAGAAUAUCUAGUAUUAAUUCUCUAUCAGCUGUGUGUGAAGCCACUGGUGCUGAUGUAUCUGAAGUAGCAAGAGCAGUUGGCCGUGACUCAAGAAUUGGUCCAAAGUUCCUAGAAGCAUCUAUCGGCUUUGGUGGUAGUUGUUUCCAAAAAGAUAUACUUAACUUAAUAUACUUAUCAGAAUGUUUAAACCUGCCAGAAGUUGCUGCUUAUUGGCAGCAAGUUGUUAGCUUUAAUGAUUACCAGAAAAACCGUUUUACAAGAAAAGUUAUUGAGUCACUUUUUAACACUGUCUCAGACAAGAAAAUUGCUAUUCUUGGGUUUUCAUUCAAGAAAAAUACAGGUGAUACAAGAGAAUCACCAGCUAUUUGUGUAUCAAAGACAUUGUUAGAUGAGGGAGCUAAACUACAUAUCUACGAUCCUAAGGUGGAAACCGACCAGAUAUACUAUGAGUUGACACAUCCUCAAGUAACAAAUGAGCCAGAGGUAGUAAGGAAAAACAUAGAGAUACACAACUCUGCCUAUUCAGCCGUAACUGGGGCUCAUGCUCUAGUUCUAUGUACUGAAUGGGAUGAAUUCAAAGAAUUAGACUUUAAGAAAAUAUACAAUGUAAUGAUGAAGCCGGCCUACAUUUUCGAUGGACGGAAGAUCUUAGAUCAUGAAGCAUUAAUAAACAUUGGUUUCCAUGUGCAAACAAUUGGCAAGCGAUUGUCAAGAACGGGCAGUAUUAGGGCACAAGGCAGUCAGACAUUACCUUAG